AGAGGAGCAGAUCAGAGAGCGUGGAGUUGGGGGUUGACGUUGGGUUCGUGUUUCAGUAGCACUUUCAGGGCUGUUUGUAAUUCAAACCUCAUAGUCGUUCAGAGUGCUGUCGAGGUAGAACCAUCUCUCUCUCAGAAACAUCGCUCUCCAGCUCACGGGGAAAGUGAACUGCUGGCAAGAGUGUCUGUGUGUGUGUGUGUGUGCUGGGACCAGUGUCAGGUGAGUGACUUACACGUGAACACACACACUCCUGAACAAGAGGUUCUGGUGAGUGCACCUGUUCCUGAACGAGAAGAACCUGAGAAGAACUGAUCCGAUCUCUUCAUUCACUCAUCCGGGAUCUACGCUCGAUUCACAGUGACGUUUUUUUUCACCCAGGAGACGGACACACACAAGCUCUGACACAUGGAGAGGUGUGGUAUGGUGGCCACAAGGGCUUUUCUAACUGACGCUUGGGGAGUUUACGGCUCAGAAAAGCAGCUCUGUGGUCAGACACGUGUGGAACUGGUUAUUUAAGACACUUUCUUUCUCCAAAAGUUGGUCAGUUGAACUUUGGGAUAUAAAAGAAAGGACUACACCCAAAUGACAGGUUUGGAGAGGACUGGAUUUCUUUUCUUAGCUUGAGUGGAGUUUAAAUGGAUUUUCUUCAUUUUUCCACUGUUUUUUGCUGAAUAUAUUGAGAAGAAACUGUUAACAGAAGACACGUCUGUGCUGUUUCUCCUCUUUUGGAAGGAUCUGGCAUCCAUAUAAGCAAGACAACACAGAGAAAUUAAGCGUAUUAGAUUGUUUUUCAUCAUUUAGGAUCCUCAGAGUUCAGACCUCUUUUCUUCAUAAGCUUAAACUCCUCCUGCAAGCGUUCUUGAUCUCUUCUCUGUCGUGAGUCCAGUUGACCAUGCAGCUGUGAUCUUCAGCGAGCCCCGGUUGACCACUCCCCUUCCCAAUCCUGGGAGGAUGCGGAGGGAAAAGCGCAAAGAGAAGGAGAGGAAGGAGAAGAACGCCCCAGUGUCCCGUGCCCUGAGCUGGCUGAGCGGGACAUCCCUCUCCCGCCGAACCCGCAAACUUUUCCACAGCCAGAAUGACCUGAACACACUCUCACACACAGCGCACCCAGGCAAGGAAAAGGACGAUGAUGACUGGGUGUACGAGCCCCAGCACUACAUAGCUGUGUCUAAUCUGGAUGAGGAGAGUAAGUGGACGGUACACUACACAGCUCCGUGGCACCAGCAGGAGAAUGUGUUCCUACCCGCAUCCAGACCAGCCUGUGUGGAGGAGCUGCACCGGCAGGCUAAAGUCAACCUCAAAACUGCCCUCAGAGAAUGUGAUAAGUUGAGGAAAGAUGGAUUCCGCAGCUCACAGUACUACUCACAGGGCCCUAUGUUCUCCGGCUCUGCUCACUCCCAGGACGAAGAGGACACUGAAGGUGAUGAAGCUGAUAAUAAGUCCACUGCUUCCUCUGCAGAGGAGGACAAGAGUUCCAACCCAAUGAGGGCUCAGACGCCAGUGCAGGGGGAGGGGUCAGAGGUGGACGGACAAGAGUCCUCCUUCAAGACGGCACCCCUUCCCACACCCGAAGAGAAGAUGAGACAGCAAGCUCAAGCUAUUUUAACAGAUAUUGUUCCCAUCAACGUUACAGGGGAGACGUUUGACCGGCAGGCCAGCGUCCGCCGCUCCCUAAUAAACACGGAUACUCUGGUCCGUCGACCAAAGAAGGUCAAACGGAGAAAGACUAUAUCAGGGCUGCCUGACAACCUCCAGCAGGAACUAGCAACGAAAGGACGAGGAGGGGAGCUCCGACCACAGUCCAUGUUUAUCCCAGGACAGUAUCCAACCCUGGGACGCUCUGGCAGCGUGAGCUCCACGCUCAGGCGCUCUGAGACGAGGGAUUCUGGCUGCCAGACAGAGGAAGUAAAAAUUGUCCCACCAUCCAUGAGAAGAAUCCGGGCUCAGAGGGGCCAAGGGAUUGCUGCUCAGAUGGCUGGCAUCUCAACAUCUGCCACCAAUAUAUCUACAGUUUCUGACGGCUCCUCCUCUGGUUCUCCCACGCAUGUCAUGGCUCCUCGCUUUAAUGGUGAUGUCCAGCGUUUCCACAGCUUGCCGCGGGGUGCGCGGGUUUCCCUGAACGCAGAGCCCCUGUACAGCAGCACUCCAUGCAGACCGGAGGACAACACUGCAACGACCCCUCGGCAGAUUGGAAAACUUCAGGCUGAUGAGACUGUAGUUCACAUGAGGAACGCCCCUAGGACAAACACUCCAACCCGCCCAAAAUCCCAGGAGGUGAGGAGUUCGCAGGGGGAGUGGGGUUCUGUAACUGGUCCUGCCUGUGUGGUGUCUCCUCAUGCAGCCUACUCCACAUCACUCAUCCCCAAUGCCACUUUGUCAUGCUCAGCUGAGGUCAUCGCCCUUCACUCUACAUCCAAUGCCGGACAGCAGCAGUUGCAUGCAAGGCCCCUCAGCAUGGCAUCAACUCUCAAUGGAGAGAGCUCCACUAGCGUGGCCACAGGUACUGAUACAGCCGAUGGAGACAUGCAGGAGACCAGGCAGUCGGACAGCAGCUUGCAUAGUCGUAGCACACUUGCAGCAGAAACAGCGUCAUCGGAUGAGCAGUGGAUUUACGACACUCCCGAGAACGUGCUGCCCAGAAGGACGCUUACCUCCAGCUGCUCCACCCCUAUCAAUCAUCUUUACAACAGCCUGGAGCACUCCCCCAAAGGCACAGAUUCCAGCUCACUUUACUCCAUGGACAAUGACGGUUACUACACCUCCAUGCACCUGGACUCAGGCCUCAGGUCAAAAAGUCACGGCAUUGCCGCCAGAGCAACAAGGCAUAGUAUGUACGAGUGCAUAGGCCAACCAGGAGACCGCAGCAGCAUGUACAGUGACCAAUCGCUGUCUCGCUCCAUCUCACUUCGCAAGUGCAAGAAGCCACCCCUGCCGCCAGCACGUACUGACUCGUUGCGGCGAAAGCCAAAGAAUCUCAACGGCGCUCACGGUGCAGCGCAAGCUAGCAAUGGAUCAAUUCUUAACGAGUCACUGAUUGCUACUUUGCAGCAGUCUCUUCAGAACGGACUAAAAAGUAAAGGAUCCUCCACCUCACCCUCUCACAGCCCUUGCAGUGACUACGAGGACCCAUGGAUGCUACGUCCAAGGAGUCAGAGCAGUGUAAGCGCAGGAAGCAGUGGGAUGUCAGCCGUAGGUGUAGCUAAUGUCUAUUCCAUCUGUCACGUUACACCCUCUCACAGUGACACCAGCAGCCUGCGCUCAGACUACGCAGAGUCUUGGGGCUAUUACAUGGACUACCCUCGUCCGCACUGCGAUCAGACCCAGUCCCCUCCUCAUGCUCACUCUGUGUCAAGUGGAGGACAAACAGGUGGGAUGGCAGAUGGACAAAGUCUCCACAAUGGCCCUCAGACCACCCUCCCUCCUGCCCAGGGUGAUAUGUCAGUAAAGCCUCAGCCAAACACCUCUUCACCAGACAGAGUGCAUCGCUUGACCUCUCCUUCAAGUGGAUAUUCCAGUCAGUCCAACACUCCGACAGCUGGUACACCUGUUCCUUCCUUCAUGAGAUCCAUGUCGCCUUCAGGCUGCAAGCCCAAGCCACGUGUACCUGAAAGGAAGUCGUCUUUGCUCUCCUCUGUGUCUAUCUCCUCUUCCUCCACAUCGCUGUCCUCCAACACCUCAGAUUCUGUCAAGAAUAACAUUCCUGCUCCCCCUCCUCCUCCUCCACUUCCUCUUUCCUCUGCUUCUCUCUCACCUCUCAGCCCCCCAUCUUUCCCUCCACCACUUCCUCCCUCCAGCCCUGUGUACACAACAAGCUUUCCACCACCACCUGCUCCUGCUUUCCCCUCCACCCCCCAGCAGGAAGCAGCAAUGAGCCCAACUUCCCUAAAUUCCUCACCAGAGUUCCCACCACCUCCUCCCCCAGAGGUGUUGAAUGAUCACAGCAUGUCACCUAAUACUUCUUUCAGCCCAUCUCAUCAUACACCUCCUCCUCCACCACCACCACCUCCUCUUCUGUUUCCUCCCGCUGUCAGUGCUCAUACACCUUCCACAUCUUCUUCUACGCCCAACUUGAAACCGGCGAUACCUUCUUCUGCAAGCCUAAAGGGAAUAAAAGAUGGUCUUAAGCCAGUGAACUCUGAGAGAAGGCCGACUGCCGCCACCCAGUCUGAGGAGUCUGGCAGGUCCGCCAUGCCACUGAUCACCCCAUUUGCCCUCCAGAGUGUGCAGCUCAGGUCAGUCAAACGAACAGAGAAUGGAGAAGCGGAGGCAAAUUCCAAAUCUCAGGAAACUGUAAUCGAUCAGGUGGCCAGUAAGAUCGGGACACCAGUGAAGUUUAAGAAACAAGAGCAUCCAACUGUUUUGCCUUUGGAGUCUUGCUCUGCUCCUGAGUUUAGUAGAGUGUCAAGUCCUUCACAUCCAGGGAAAAAACUGAGUGUUAAGUCCCUUAUCUCCAGAGAAGAGUCCGAUAGCAACCUUGCUGAGACAAAAUUCAUGGAAGAAAUACCCUCUGAACACAUUCACCUUCCGAGUGGCUUCAUUAACAAUGCUCAAGUUUCUGAUAAGGCUGAAGUAGAUGGGACCUAUGCUGAGUCACAACAAACCACACCUAAGAAGAAACCACCUGUGGUCUCCAAGAAGCCCAAAUUCAGCCCUGUUGUCUCUCCAUCAGAGCCUGAGCCUGCUGCAGAUGAAAAACAAACACUAACCAACGGGGGAGACACUAUCGAUUUGCCAACUCUCCAGAAACAGGUGUCUGUUUGUGAUGAUAGCACAGAAGGUCAGGAACCUCCAUCUGCGGAAGAGCAGGAGAGAGAAAAUGACAAAAGCAACACUGAGAGUUCCGUAUCUCCUACCGAGAUGAGUGAAUUUGAGAGUAGCACACUUUCCACUGCUGGUCUGGCUGAGAAAACCUCCCAGACUGCUGUUAUUGACGAAACAGCUGUUGAUGAGGCGAAGGGAGUUUCAGACGGGGAAGUAGAAGAAGACGGAGGAGUGGAUGAAGAUGGAGUGAGCAGCACUACCGAAUCUGUCAGCUCCAAGGAUGAUGAAAAUGGUGAGGUGUUUGAGUCCUCGCCAUCCCCCAGCAUCAACGGAGAAGUCUUCGAGGACAUGGUGACACCCACCCGACCCCGAACUACCGAGGACCUCUUUGCAGCCAUUCACAGGUCUAAGAGGAAGGUUCUGGGACGCAAGGAGUCAGAGGACGAACGUUCACGAGGAAGCCCCUCCUCCCCUCCAGUCACUCCCACCGGGGCUUGUCCCUCGCUGGGCUCCUCCCUGCCCCGGCAGAUGGGCUCCAUCCAGCGCAACUUGCGCAAGUCGGCCACCAGCAGCGACACCUUCAAGGCGCUGCUGCUGAAGAAGGGCAGCCGCUCGGAGACCAGCUUCCGCAUGUCGGCUGCGGAGAUGCUGCGCAGCACAGACCCGCGCUUCCAGAGGACCCGUUCACUUGACUCCUCCCUGGACCCCACACUGCUCGGCAGCCCAGACAGCCCCUGCGCUUCCCCCAGCCGCAGCAAGAGGGCACCAGAGGACUGGGCUCGCAGCGAGGGGAUGAUCCCACGGUACUCCAUGGGUUCCCCAUCAUCACCAUCGCCUUCAUCCAUGGUGGGGCCAAAGUACGGACGAUCACGCACUCCACCUUCUGCUGCCAGCAGCAAGUAUAACGCCCGCAGUCGCAUCUUAAGCAGCCCCAUGACCGUCAUCUGUGAAAGGGAGGGUGAACUGGCGGAAAGCGGAGAGGGUUGGGACGAUUGCCCUGAUUCUCCUGCAACGCCCGUCCAUCAAACAGUCCCUCAGGACUCCAAUGGCACUUUAUGUGAAGAGGAGCGCAGUUAAGCCGGUCGUUCCCAAAUCAGGUCCUGGAACACUCGUGCCCUACAUAUUUUGACACGUUCCCUGCUCUUCUUAUUCAACUUCACAGCUACUUCACAAGCCCUUCUCAAGAUUCCUGAGGUGGUUUUAGCUCGGUUUUCCAGUUCAGACCAGGGAAAAACUCAAAAAUAUUCAGGACAGGGUUCUCCAGGGCCAAGAUUGGGAAUAGCUGAGUUUAACAAGGUUCCCAAACGAGGGAACGUGGAGGGAAGUGAAACUUCCCUGCGCUAGCAGAGACCGACCCAUAGCAAUAGGAGGGGACGCUGCAGACCCUGUAAUCCGGGUGCUGUGCUCGCCCUUCGCUUAGCUGCGGACUGUGCUGUACGAAUCUGCUGGCGUAGGAGGAGGAGGAGAGAUGGGCCAGCCCACAAGGUGCCUCCUUCAGACUUAUCAGUGCUUAGUCUGAAGUAAAUGAAUACUGUUUCUGUUGCAGCUCUUUGAAAACACACAAAAAAAAUCAUCCCUUUUAAUUCUGUCAGUUGUUCAAGAGAGAGGCUUUGUUUUCAUUCACAGUUCUCUACAUCUCCCACAAUGCUUAGCAGUUUUACUUCUGUCUUGUUCUGUUUGUUUUGCUUGUGUUAUCUUCCGUAUUCUGUGUAACGGACUUCAGAAAAUAAGUCAAGGAAAGAGCCAGCUGGCAAAAGGGGCUUUGAUAAGGAUUGAUUUACGAGCAGCAUGCAAGAGCGAGAGAUGAAGGAAUUGCUAAGUGACUCCUUUUGGCUGCGGUGGUGCUACUGGUAAAUGGAUGGGCUUGAUUUAGUGAAAUGCUCUGAGGGACUCUUGAGGCCGCAGCUUACAGAUCAGAUCAGAACUGUACAUCUCUUUACAUCUCAACAUCACCGAGCUUGGAUUAAAUUCACUGGGUCAGAAACACACCUGUGAACAUCUGUGAACUCUCACCACACGUUCUCACCAUAAGCAGAGCUGCUUCUUUUCCUGUUCCUCUGGUAAUACGGGCAUACUCCCCGGUGCUCUGAAAGUGAGUGGAGAUAUCAGGUAGGUGGGGAAGUGAGUGUGGAAGAAGCACAGAGAAGGACUGACGGUGGUACAAGUGAGACGCUAGCUCUCAACAUCUUUCAGCCUCAGAAUAUCCUUGGAGUUUGAGCGUGUGUAGGUUUGCACUGUGUAUAUGUCUCUGUUUGUCUCUGUUUUGUUUAAUCAGUUAAAUAAUAAUAUUUUAUGCCUGUGUUGGAUGAAACUCAUUUGGCAAAUGAAGUAAUUUUUUUUUUUUUUUUUUACAAAAAAGAGAAAACUUACUUGAAACGAAUAACAGACGUGUUUUGUUUGUAACGGUUUGGGUAACCAAAGAGCUAAAACAGUAAAUGUAGCCUGCAGUAGGGGCUCUGGACUGGUGAUGGCAUUUCUUGUACUGGGAGUGAUAAAAGUUCUUCUUUAAGGGUUUUGGUGAAGACUAGCUUUAACUUAACUAAGGCUUCAUUACUAACUCCUCUUUUUGUGUACCUUCUUGUGCAGUUUUGUAUUGUUUUCUAUGUACAUAAAUACACAAUUUAUUAACAUCUGGAGGUAUUUUCAAAGAAUUUGUACAUUUUAGAAACCCUCGUCGAUGGGGAGUGGCUUCCUUUUGUAGAGUAUUUAUUUUAGAAUAGCCAGAAUGUGAUUUGAUAUAGUUGGGAGGGAUUUUAGAGGGAGAGCUGUGGCUCAGAUUAUUUUUGAUUAGAGAGGGGGAGAGGCUGCAUUACGUUAUGUCUCAAGAAUCAUUAUUAUGCAGUCUAUUUUUUUUGCCUAAAAGUAAAAGUCUCGCUCUCGUUCUGCUGGUGGAGCCGGAACGAGAGAUCAAAAUCAGGGACGAAGGAGAGACGGAGCGAGAUAAAUGAUCUGGAUGUUGAUGAAAAGGAAGACGGCUGCUACCCCUCUUGUGUACGUCUCUGUAAUAAAACACGGUGUUAUUUAAAAACGUC